CUCUACGAUCUGAUAAGACUUACUAGACACUCAACAGGAAAAGCAAAGUAAGUUUGACACAUCUGAAAAUAUAAAGGUACAUAUGUAUUUAUUGGUUGAAGUAAAUCAGACAUAGGAACCUUUUUCUCCCACGAAAGUCCCUGCUCUCUAGCAGGGACGGAAAAGGGGGUGAAAAGGUUCUCAUUAACUAAUUUUAGUUCCGGCUCUUUUUGUUGUGAACGCAACAUAUCGGAACUAAAGUGGGAAAAGUACUGCGGUGUGAAUGCGCCUAUUGUAACAUUUUCUUUUAGACAGCUGGAACCAUGAAGUUGCUUAUUGCAGGAAUUGCUCUGUUCUUAAUUGUGGAAACCAAUGCAAGGUGGAUCAACUUUCCUAUAGAAGCCAUUCAAGGAGGUCAUGAUAUGUGGCGGGCAUACAGUGAUAUGAGGGAGGCGAACACAAUAGGCGCAGACAAAUACUUUCAUGCCAGAGGAAACGCUGAUGCUGCCAGCAGAGGAGAAGGAGGCAAAUGGGCAGCUGAGGUGAUCAGUAAUGGCAGAGAGUGGGUGCAGGAAAAAAUGGGUCAUGGUGCCGAAGACUCUGCUGCUGAUCAGAGGGCAAAUGAGCAUGGACGCAACGGAGGAGAUCCCAACGUUUUCAGGCCAGCAGGACUUCCUCCGUGUUCAUCUGAAAGUCAUGAGGAUUAAUAAAAGAACAAAAUUAUA